AUGACGACCCAGACUCCUUUGGGGCAAGCGGGGGCAACGCCAGGUACUCAUCUAGCUUCUGCAGACCACCAGAAAAAGAACAUACAAGGUACAUCGCCUGAUCCGAACGUAACGCAAAUAGAGCGACGAUCCGACCUCUCCCUAUUCUACCGUUUCUUGCGCACCUUCAUUCUUCGACCUUUGCGACCACGGCUGGUCGGCCUGAAGGGACCUUUACCACAAGGAAGCCCACCACUCGAGAAACGUCCAUCUAGUCAUUAUGGCGUGCAUAUCAAAGAAUGGACAAUCAGAAUCACGUCCCGUACGCAUACGCCCCUGACGCAAGGCCAGGGUCCAGAGGGCUCCCAAUUUCAGGAGCUUUACCUGUACGAUUUCGAGCCGGCGCGAGACCACAGUCAGAUAGACAGAGAGGGUGCGAAGAAAGAGUACAGACACACAGUAUACUAUUUCUCUGGCGGAGGCUUCUGCUCCCCGGCCGGCUCUGAACAUUGGAAGCUAUGCGCUCGUAUGGCUAAGAAUUUGGCUGGAGAAGGGGUUCGGAUAGUGUUGGUUUCGUACCCUCUUGCUCCGAACUCGCCUGCGAAGGAUUCGUUGCCUCUGCUGCGGAACUGGCUUCUGCAAGCACUGGAGGAAGCUGGUGAAAAUGCUCGUGCUAACGAGACCAUAACACUGAUGGGCGACAGUGCAGGUGGUAAUAUCGCGCUUUCGCUAGGCUUUUGGUGGAGUGAGCAACUCAAAAUUGCAACUACCGAGUUUGAGGGACAGGGCACGAAGCUCGAUUCUGGCGCUGUUGCACGUCUGGACGCUGUGAAGCGAUUGAAGAGUGUGGUACAUAUAUCUCCACCAACCGACUUCCGCAAUACCAAUCCUGAAAUUGUCCGAGUCAAUAAAAUAGAUCCGGUGUUGACCACAGAUAUCACCAAUUCAGCUGCAGACAGGUGGACUAAGGGCUGGCAGUGGGCUAAAGGUACUGCGAAAGCAGACCCGAUAUUGUCGGCUGCUCUGACCGAGCAUGAAGCAUGGGUUGCGCUUAGGCAGAGUAAGCUGCGUGUUGAUGGACUUUUUGGGACGGCAGAUGUGCUUGCGCCGGAUUGCGAGGUGUUCAUGCAAGCCUGCAAAAAGGCUGGUAUUCCCGGGAAAUGGUUAGUAUGGGAAGGUCAGAUGCACUGCUUCCCUCUAACACAAUGUUAUGGUGUACCGGAAGGUAAGGAAGGCCAUAGGUGGCUCUGCGACCGGGUAAAAGAGGUUCUUUGA